AUGAAUAGCCCUUACUCCACAAACCCAAACCUCCUCCACAAAAGCACCACCAGCAGGGUGGGCAGAGAGAAUCAGCGGUACAAUCCCGACACUGGCUCCCGCAUGGUUGCAGGAUGUAUCUGCUUGAAUGUCCCACAAGAUAAGGUGAUUAUGAUUCUGUCAUCGGUUCAUCCCAACAAGUGGGUAUUACCCAAAGGAGGCAUCGAGCUCGACGAAGGCGACGACUUCGUAGUCUCUGCCGUCAGAGAAACAUGGGAAGAGGCCGGGUGUGAAGGGAAAAUUGUGCAAAAGCUUCCAAUUGUGUAUGAUAGUCGAGGCAGUAAAGCACCAAUUCUACCACCAGGAAAGGAGUUUGACCCCCAAAAGACGGUUCCCAAGUCCGAGUUCCAUUUCUAUGAGAUGGAGGUCGAUACUCUUCACACGCAAUGGCCCGAGCUGAGCAAAAGGAAAAGACGGUGGUGUACGUAUUCGGAAGCUAAACAUGAACUAUUAAAGGCUAAUCGCAUUGAGUUGGUGGAGGCCUUGAACCUGAGUGGUAUUCAUAAGGAUGAGGUGCUUGACACCGCCACCGAUGCAUAUUGA